AUGGCCCACUCAACGCGCUUCGCUGUUCUCGCAGUCGCCGCGCUCCUCCUCGCGCUGCUCCCCGAGCGGCAUGCGGCGCCCGCAGCCGCCGAUCUCUGCGCGCUCUCGGGCCUUCCGCCGAAGAAGCCCGUCGUUCCGCCGCACCGAUGCCCCGCGGCGGCGGAGCUGUCAUGCUGCGCGGACUGCGCGGACACGAAUCGCGCGCUGCAGCUCGUGUCGUCGACCCUCGACGAUGUCGCGCAACGGAUCGACCCCAAUAUCCCCUGCAGCGGCAUAAUAGAUCUCACCCCUAUGGUGUGCGACGCGUUUCAGCCGUACCCCCAGUGCAUGCUCAUGAUUGAAAAGAUAAUCUGCGGCGCCACGUGCAACCCAGGCGAGUGUUGCUUCAUCGCAUCGCGGUUAAUGAGAUAUUCAGGAACCUACGUAGUGAAGAAGGGGGGAGAGAUCAGUAUGACUGUCUGCCAGGAAUUCGCGAAUGCCGCCUACAAAGCAUGCAAGGACAUCGAAAUCCAGGGCGUGGCAAUGAAUCAGCUCAUCCCCGAUGUUCAAAACAUGAUGGUCUAUGUGACCAACUACUAUGCAAAUUUCAUGGGUAUUGAGAACUUCAGCAUCGCCAUCGGUACCCCGCGCCAACCUACACCCCCUGCUGCGAUCCCCUCGCCGUCGACCCCAAGUGUCCCCCGGGGGCUGUUGACAAAGUCGCGUACGCGCCUCUACAUCAACCGCACCAUUGAUUCUGCCACCUGCAUGUCGGGUGCUCCCCAGCCUGCCCCUGCCCCGUCCCCUCCUCGGGACGCUCCUGCUCCCCCUGCGCCUGGAGCUGCUGCGCCUGCACCCUCUCUGAUUUCUCCGGGUGCGCCUGCUCCCGCAGUGAUUGCUCCUGGUGCGCCGGCUCCUGCUCCGCCUGCACCCACUGCAGGUGUGCCAGGAGCGCCCAGUCCGCCUGCCUCGCCUAGCCCCACGCCUGCGAGCCCCUCAUUCCCUCCCCCUCCGCCCAAGGCUGGGGCUGGUUCCGCUGCUUCGGUGAUGUCGUUGGUGGCUCUGGCGGUUGGCGCUGCAGUGUUUGUGUAA